GUCAAUGCAUCAAACAUUAGAUGUCGUGAAUGUAUUGUACGAUCAAAACAAACACAGUUUGCGGCCAAACAUUGACUUAAUUUUAUUAACACUUCUUAUGAUUUGAUUCAAAGAGAUUACACAUCAGUUCAUUGAUUUUUUACAUGUUGUCAUCGAUCAACAGAUCCAAUGGGUGACAACAAUCGCUUCAAUUGUCCCAUCGAUGGCUGUAAUUACGCCAUAAAUGGUGGCAAAUAUUUUAAGCGACAGCUGUUCCUCAAUCAGCACAUCGCAAACAAACACUCGGAGAAGAAGUUUAUAUGUGAAAAGUGCCACAAGAAGUAUGCCAUUGAAUGGCAACUUAAAUAUCAUAAGAAGUCUUGUGGUGUUGAAUGGGAGUGCGGUUCGUGCGAUAAAAGAUAUACCGAAAGGCUAUCUCUGGUCAUGCAUUGUAAGCGUCGGUCACAUAUAUUGCCGUCAAUCGAUGGCAUCAAAUAUACAAAAAAUGUAAUCAAAAAUGAGGUCAAAGUGUCGCCAAUAAACAUACAGACGUUAAUUGUGAUGCCUGUUAUCUUCGCCACUAACCCGAUGGUCACCACAACCAGUGCUAAUCAAACUCCAAUCAAAAUCCUACCAAAAAGUUAUAUAAGUGACGAUGAAUUGAAUUACCGAAGCAUUUGUACACAAACAUCAACCGGUGAAGAGUGCAAUAAAUGUAAGUCUAAUAUGUAUCAGAAAACUGUGGUCACAAAUAUUGUGAAAUUUUCUUCAAUUUCGACACAAACGGAUCGUUUGACACAACGGUUCCACAAAACGCGUGAAUCCCGAAGUACUGAUUGCCAGACAAUCCGAAAACGUAAUCGAAAGCCACAAUCGGCUUAUAAUUAUGAAAGUAUUGAAACACAAACUUUGGAAAGCGCUCUUCAUUCCAAUGGAUCCACUAAUAAGAUUCAAAUAUCUGCAUCAACAUCGACAUCACCACCAAAGAAGACAUCGAAAAAAAUUCGUUUAGAUAUUAGGGAUAUUGAAAACAUUAAUAAAUCAUGUGCUUUCACGCAGACAUCUAUUGAAUCCAGUAUUAACAGAGUAGUGAACUGUAAUAGUGAUGAACAAAGUUUUGAUGCAAAUGAAAGACAACUAUCAAAAAUGGUUCAGUCAUUCAAUCCAUUAAUAGAUUUGUUGGACACAACAAAUACUGUUAUUUUAGAGCAAUCGGUUCAAACUGAAGCCAAUGAUCUUUUACUUGAUAAUGGAUUUAAUAACAUUGAAACCCAAACCGUUAAUUUGGAUAUUAAUGAAAACGAUUUAUUUAAUUUCGAUACAAAUGAUGAGUUUGUAUUUACCGACUUAGAGUUUACCGACAUUGAGACCCAAACAAUUUGGGACAACGAUAGGUCCACACAAACUGAUGAACAUUUAGAUCGUAUUCUUCAAUACCUGAGCCACGAAAGCAGCGCUGUUAGUGACUGUGAUAUCUCUGACACUAUAUUUUCAUCGACUCAAACACAAACACAAACUGACUUUUCAUUAAUUUAAAUAACAUUUUGAAAUAUUAUGAAUUAAUAUUGAAUUAUA